AAAAACUCCCUGCUGAGCGGCCGCUUCUGGUUUCCCUCUUCUGGUCUCGGUCUUUCUUCCAUCCAGAGUCCCUCCUGGGUCACGGCCCAGCCCCCCUUUCGAACUGAGGGAGGAAGUGUUUGUGCUUGCCGGAGCAAUGGGCUGAAUGUUCCGCUCCCUUGUUCCUUCGGGUCUUCUGAGACAGAGGCUGGGCUCGGAGGUCAGGGGCUCCCCCUCCACCUGCCUCCUGACCUGGGCCACGGAGUUUGGCCGUGGGGAGGGGCGAACUCGGGAGGAAGCAGAGAACGAUGGCUCAGUCCACCAUGUCCCACAAGUGUGAUGUGUUGAGUCAAGAUGAACUGCGCAAAAAGUUAUACCAGACGUUUAAGGAUCGGGGUAUACUGGACACACUUAAGACACAACUCCGGAACCAAUUAAUUCAUGAAUUGAUACAUCCUGUACUGAGUGGGGAAGUGAAGCCUCCAUCCAUUUCAGUCGAAGGGAGUUCCCUUCUAAUAGGUGCUUCUAAUUCACUGGUGGCAGAUCACUUACAAAGAUGUGGCUAUGAAUAUUCACUUUCUGUUUUCUUUCCGGAAAGUGGUUUGGCAAAAGAAAAGGUAUUUACUAUGCAGGAUCUAUUGCAGCUUAUUCGAAUCAACCCCUCAUCCAGUCUCUACAAAUCACUGAUUUCAGGAUUUGAUAAAGAAAACCAAAAAGGUUUUCUUAUGAGUUUCUUAAAGGAGUUGGCAGAAUAUCAUCAAACUAAAGAGAGCUGUGAUGUGGAAACUCAGACCAGCGCCACAUUUCCUAGUAAAGUGUCCCUGGCCGAGAAGUUUCAGCUCAUUGAUGAUCAAUUUGCAGAAGCUUUUCCUCAUCGUCCCAAGCUAGAAUCUUUAGAGACAAAGUUAAAUGAAUAUAAGAAAGAAAUACAACACCAGCUUCAGGUAGAAAUGUGUCAAAAGCUGAAGCAUUUUAGAGAAGCUGAAAUAACAAAAGUUAAGAUGGAAGAGAAAAGAAAGUAUGAAAAGGAAUUGGCUGCAUUCCGGAAUGAAUUUGAAAGAACUUGUCAGGCAAAAAAUGAAGCCCUGAUUUCUCAGGAAAAGAAUACUCUGGAAAGAAUUAAAAAGCACCGAGAGAUUGAAACAAAAGAAAUUUAUGCUCAAAGACAGCUUCUACUAAAUGAUAUAGACUUGCUCAGACGUAGAGAAGCAGAGCUGAAGGAACGAAUUGAAACCUUUGAGUUGACCCAGAAGCUCCAAGAAGAAAAAAAUAAAAGUGAGGCCGAGGCACUUCGGAGACGGGAACAGAAUCUAAAGAAUAUUGAAGAGACCUAUGAUCAGAAACUGAAAACUGAACUUCUAAAGUACCAACUGGAACUAAAGGAUGACUACAUUGCUAGAACAAAUAAACUUCUGGAAGAGGAAAGGAAGAAUAAAGAAAAAAAUAUUUAUUUGCAGGAAGAGCUCACAGAUCUUAAUUCAAAAAAGGAAGAACUCAGUAAAUCUAUAAAGCAUACGAAAGAAGUUGAGCUGGAGCUAGAGUCUGUCAAAGCCCAGUUUUUGGCAGUGUCAAAACAAAACCAUUUUCUGAAUGAAAAGGUGAAAGAGAUGAAUGAUUACUCACUACUCAAAGAAGAGAAAGUGGAGCUUCAGGCACAAAAUAAAUUACUUAAGCAGCAACUGGAAGAGAAUAGGAAUGAAAACUUACGUCUCCUAGACCGCAUAACUCAGCCACCUCCUGAGCUUUUGGUUUUUCAGAAAGAAUUGCAGAAAGCAGAAACUGCUAUAGCACUGGAGCAGAAGGAGUUUGAAACUCAUAGGCAAGCUCUACAGAGACAGCUGCAGAGUGAAAUUGAACAUUCUACACAGCUAAAGGCACAGAUAUUAGAAUAUGAUGCCUCUGUUAAAAGGCUAACUAUCCAGGUUGCUGAUUUAAAGUCACAGCUAAAACAAACUCAGACAGCCCUAGAGAAUGAAGUGUUCCGAAAUCCAAAGCAGUCCCUGACUCUUCAUUCCCUGAGUGACCUAGUGAGUGGCAAGAUGGCACCCCAUAAUGGAGAUACAAGUGGGAGUUUCCUGAAUGCGCCCCUUGAGCAGAACAAGGUUAUAGCAGGUGCUUUUACGUCAGAGGUCCCACCUUAUGCAAAUGCAGCAACAGAGGCUAGUUCCCCAGACUCUGACCUUGAGUUUGUAGCCAGUAGUACUAAAGCCAAAGUAAGAGCACUAGAGCAAGAGGCUGAACGCUUAGAAAAGGCGUUCAGAAAUUACCAUCGAAGAGUUACUCGGAAUCCUUUUCUGAGUCUUCAACCAGCGAAGAGUCCUUCAUCUGUAUACUCGCCAGGAGUUCACAGAAGCAUAGCUUCUAGUUCCAUGGACAGACAUGCUUCUGCAGAGGACAGAGUUGUCUCUGAACAGCCUCCUAUGGACAUGCUGAAGGAAGAAAGGAGUGAUGUGUCCAAAGCGAUCAGGAGCAGUGUGGUUUCACGGCCACGCAGGACCUCUUCCUCUACACGCCUCUCCUCUACACCCCAUCCCAAAUCGAGAAGAAGUCUUGAUAAUGAAAUGUAUCUGGAAGGUCUGGGUAGAUUACACAUUGCUUCUUCCAGUCCUUGUCUUGACAGAACAGCUGGGUCACAUGUUGCUUCCUCCAGCCCUUGUCUUGACAGAGCAGUUAAGUCACAUGCUGCUUCCUCUAGUCCUUGUCCUGAGAGAACAACAGCCCAGCUAUCACCUGUUCCAUCUAGGCACAGCUUCUCUGGUCAUUCUUUCACCAGCCCUCCAGAGCAAAAUGCCUGUUUUUAUCAGAGACAAACUGAAACGCAAGACAAAAAUGAAUGUUCAAAUGUGGACAAGCAAUCUUUGAAAGUUAAUGAGGAAUAUGAACCAUCUUUCAGAUGGAACAAGCCAGAACAGUUUGAAGCAGAAGGACUCCACCCUGCUGGUGACAUGCCUGCCAUAGAUGUUGCUGCAGCUACUGUGCCUUCCAGACCCAUUUCAUAUGACCACCCAGGUGCUGAUCAGAACUACACUAGAGAACAGCAAGAACAGCAGCUAUGGGAACUCCACUUGAAAGAACGGAGGGAGAAAGAAGAACAAAGGCAGAAUGAACAGCAAAAGGCUAUAGAGAGGGAAAGAAGAGAGCUGGAAAAACUGGAGCAGGAGCGGAGGGUGAUUGAAGAAUCACUGAAGAUUGAGAUGGAAGAAGAAUUAGAAAAGACUGUUCAAGAACAGAAAGACAAAUCAGCUUAUGGUGAAAAUCCUUUAGAGAAAUACAUGAAAAUCAUUCAACAGAGACAGGAGGAAUCAAGUACAGAUAAGAGCUCAAAAAAAUCAGGCAGAGAAUGUUCGCUAGUGGACACGAUGACACCUAGUGACAAGGAUGAAAGCUUUCCAGGCUUUUCUCAUGAAGAACCAGAUGACAUCUGGUAAUCACAUUAGCUGUCUUGCUUCUCACAUAGAAGUUGUAUAAUAUGUAUUCUUAUUUUUCUGGAAUUAAAGUUGUCAAUAAAAACUU